GUAGCGGGUAGUUUUACUUUAUGCCACUGUUCGUGUGUUUUAACAUUUCUUCUUUCUAUUUAUUCGUGUAUUUUAUUAAAAAUAUGACUAUGAACCGAGGAGCAUUUGGCAAUAAAUCUUGCUGUUACAGUUGAACACACAGCGACCCCGGCUCGAUAGGUUUGUGCCGACGCGCGACUCUUUGCCGGAUCUUCGAAGACGAUUCACGCGGGCCCACCGCUGCGACGACACUGAUCAUGAUAUUUGGUCUGCGAAAUACUUGCAAAGAAAAAAGUAUGGAGAAUACUUAGCCGAAGCAUUUGAAGUGGUUCCCUUGAUGAAGAUACAAGAAGCUCAAACAACAGAAUACCAAAAAGAUGACUUCUAUAUGAAUCCCUGGCCGUGUGUGCCUCGUAAGAAAAACUUUUUGACGUCAGCCGAUAGCAUCUUAGAUUUACCAACUUAUAGCUACGCUGCAUUUCCGGAACUUCUCGAUUGGAGCAGUGAUAAUAUCCUCGUGGCUGCUCUCGGUCGGAACUAUCACAAAUGGAGCUGGCACACGCAGAGCCUCAUAGGUCAAGGUAUCACGCAGUACGAAAUACAAUGCUGCAAAUUUGAGCCAAAAGGAGAACUUUUGGCACUUGGUACAGACAUGAGAAUGAUUGAGAUCCACAAUAAUUCAAUCAGCAAGCGGAUAGGUGGCACUGCUUGCCGUUGCGUGAGCAUUGAUGCGCCUUGUUCCAUCACUGCUAUUGAUUGGAGUCCUACUGGAAACUCUUUUAUCACCGGCUGUUCCCGAGGAAUGCUGGCCUCUUAUUCUCGAGAAUAUAAAAUGAUUAGUUGGCGGCCGGUGCCCCAAGCUGUACUAGCAGUCAGAGUCUCUCCGAACGCUCGCUACGUAGCCGCCGCAGCUGUCAACGGUGUGGUUGCCCUGGUGAUGACCUGGCCAGGACUUCAUUUAGUUUCCAGCUUAGAUUCCGAUUGGACUAUCAAGACAAUAACCUGGCAUCCGUGGCGCACUGCGCUCCUGGGGGUGGGCACGGUGACAGGGAGCCACCAUGCACAUGUGGCCGUGUGGGACGUGCCCACGGCCAGGGUUCAGGAGACGACUCUCAGCAAGAGCCGCUACAGUCUCGACGCCAUGCUGUUUAGUCACAAAACCGGAGAACUGGUAGUCAGCUUGUGGAAUACAGAAAGACAGUCAUCAUCUCUGAAGACUUGUUCUCAGCUGGUCGUGAUGAGUGGACCUAACACGGUAACGGACCAAUGGGGCGAAGGUCAAACUGGCGUAGACCGCGUGAGGACCAUGGUCUUCAGUCCUGAUGGAACUAAACUUGCAACAGCAACUGCGGAAGAAGACCUUAUAAUAUGGAACUUUUUGCCAGAAGACAACGCAAAAAAGAAAAACACCAUGUCCAAAAGAUUCUCCUCCCUUCCUGCGUACUUGGACAUGGUCACGCAUGGUGUCUCUCUCAGAUGAAAUAUUCAUAUUAUGAUCAUGAAUUUGUUAUGCUGGAUGUACAUUUAUUUCUAUUGAAUUGUUUGUAUAAAUAAAUUUUAUUGCUAUUUUGAUAUUUGAA